UCGUGAGUUUUGCUAAGAAAAUUACAGACGAUAAGUUUGGAGAGAACUGGAAAAAUUACUCAUGCACUGAUCAGAAAAUGGAAUUUCUUCAAAUCGUUGUUAUUUAUAUCCUGCUGUUUUUCUUGUCAGUUGGAUUAUAUUUCUACAGAGAUUCAGCAAUAUUAAGGACAGGAAUAGUGGGCAAAAUAUGUUCCAUAGUUUCAUCGGCAAUCAAGAUGGCAGUACCAAAAAGUUUAACAAUGGUUUUAUAUAAUGCUUCACAGUACUUUUUGUACUCAAGAAACCAGUGUAUGAAGGUAUUAUUUGGAGUGUUGGUACUAGCUGGUAACAUUAUAUGUAUCAUGGACAUGUUACCACUUCUAUACAAGUACCUACCAGAUCAAAACCAUACAUUGAUACCAAUUAUAAAUGCCUUUGCCAGUUUGUACUUCUUCCAUAAAUGUUGUAAUGGAGAUCCAGGGGAAAUAACUCCAUUGAACUUAGAGAAAUACCAGUCUGUCUAUCCAUAUGAUGAGAGAAUGUAUGUACCAAAUGCAAAAUGUAGGACCUGUAAAUUUGUGAAGCCAGCUAGAACAAAGCAUUGUAGUAUUUGUAACAGAUGUGUCCAUCGCUUUGAUCAUCACUGUUUAUGGACCAACAAUGAUGUAGGGGGCCUUAAUCAUGGCUACUUUGUAUUGUUCUUACUCACUAUGAUGUUUAAAUGUAUAUGGGGAUUUUAUGUUGGUAUAAAGAGUUUAGUUUUAUAUACACAAUACCACAGAUUGUUAGAGGCACAAGUAAUGACAUCUAAUGGAGACAUGAAACAAGUCACAUAUUCAAUAGUACUACAGCAUCUGUUUAUGCAGUUUCCACGACUUGUCUUUAUAGUGACAUCUUUAUUCUUUCUGAUUAUUUUAUUGGGAAUAUUUACAAUUUAUCAUGUCAAUGUGGUAUUAACUAAUCGGACUACAAAUGAGAGGUAUAAAGCUGCAGAAAUGGAACCAAUCAAAAUUGACUCCAAUAGACUGUCAGGAAAUAAAUCUAAGUUGCAAGCAGGCAGGAAUUUAAACAAGAAUAUCAAAAUAGUUGAGAAUUUAUAUGAUAAAGGAAUAAUAGGAAAUAUAUAUGACACAUUUUGGCACAGAAGUAUAGUGAAGAAAAUAAAAAUAAAAUAAAAUA